AUGAAGAGAACCUCUAGCAUGGAAGUGUGCAAGCUACUGCCCCUCAGAGUAGAAAGUCUCCAUGGGAGCAACACGUGGCUGUACAGCCUUUUGUCCACAAGCAAGUCUCCAGCCCCUCACCCUCUGGACGAUGCUGGCCUCUUCUCCUACCUCACACUGUCAUGGCUCACCCCACUCAUGAUCCAGGGUUUCCGAAACCGCUUAGAAAAGAACUGCAUCCCUCUGCUGUCAGUCCAUGAUGCUGCAGCCAAAAAUGUCAAAAGGCUUCGCCGCCUUUGGGAUGAAGAAGUAUCAAGGCGUGGGUGUGAAAAGGCUUCUUUGCUUCGAGUGAUGCUGCGGUUCCAAAGGACCAGGAUGAUUUUCAGUGUAUUUAUGAGUUGGUGCUUCUGUGUUAUGAGUAUAGUAGGACCAAUGCUGGUUAUACCAAAGAUCCUAGAGUUUUCCGAAGACCAGUCAGGGAAUAUCGUCUAUGGUGCGGGCCUCUGCUUUGCCCUUUUCCUCACUGAGUGUCUGAAGUCUCUGAGUUUGUGCUCCUGUUGGAUCAUCAACCAGCGCACAGCCAUCAGGUUUCAUGCAGCCAUUUCCUCUUUUGCCUUUGAGCAGCUCCUGCAGUUUAAAUCUCUGACACACAUCACCUCUGGAGAGGUUUUCCGCUGCCCCAUGAGUUUCUUUGACACAACUCCAAUAGGCCGACUCUUGAACUGCUUUUCGGGGGACUUGGAUGAGCUGGACCAGUUGUUGCCCAUUGUUGCUGAGGAGUUCCUGCUCCUGUUUUUGAUGGUGACCCCCAUUCUGCGGGUCACCAGUUUCUGGUGGGUUUUGUCUCUGCAGGUUUUCCGCUGCCCCAUGAGUUUCUUUGACACAACUCCAAUAGGCCGACUCUUGAACUGCUUUUUGGGGGACUUGGAUGAGCUGGACCAGUUGUUGCCCAUUGUCGCUGAGGAGUUCCUGCUCCUGUUUUUGAUGGUGACCCCCAUUCUGGGGGUCACCAGCGUGCUGUCCCCAUACAUCCUGUUGAUGGAAGUCAUUAUAGUCAUUGCUUGCCUUAUUUAUUAUGUGAUGUUCAAGAGAGCCAUCAAUGUGUUUAAGAGACUGGAAAACUACAGCCGGUCCCCUUUAUUCUCCCACAUCCUCACCUCCUUGCAGGGCCUAAGCUCCAUCCGUGUCUAUGGGAAGACUGAGGACUUCAUCAGCCAGUUUAAAAGGCUGGUAGAUACACAGAACACCUACCUGCUGAUGUUCCUGUCUUCCACGAGGUGGGUGGUGCUGAGGAUGGAGAUUAUGACCAACCUGAUAACGUUGGUCGUGGCCUUGUUUGUAGCGUUUGGCAUUUCCUCGGCUUCCUAUUCCUACAGAGCCAUGGUGAUCAGCCUCGUGCUGCAGCUGGCAUCCAUGUUCCAGGCCACGGCCCGGCUUGGCUCGGAGACAGAGGGGUACUUCACAGCUGCGGAGAGGAUGCUGCAGUACAAAAAGAUGUUCAUUUCUGAGGCCCCUUUACGUGUGGAAGGUGCAAGUUGUCCCUCUGCAUGGCCACAGCAUGGGGAAAUCACAUUCCAGGAUUAUCAGAUGAAGUACAGAGACAACACUCCUAUUGUCCUCAAUGGAAUCAACCUGACCAUCCCUGGCCAAGAAGUGGUGGGCAUCGUGGGAAGGACGGGCUCUGGAAAGUGCUCCUUGGGUGUGGCUCUUUUCCGCCUGGUGGAGCCUGCAGCAGGCCGCAUUCUCAUCGAUGGGGUGGACAUCUGCAGCAUUGGGCUGGAGGACCUGCGGUCCAAACUGUCAGUCAUCCCUCAAGACCCAGUCUUGUUCUCCGGUACCAUUAGGUUCAGCCUAGAUCCCUCUGACUCUUACACAGACCAGCAGAUCUGGGAUGUCUUGGAAAGGACUUCCCUAACCAAGACUAUCUCCAAGGUCCCUGGGAGGCUGCAUGCAGAAGUGAAGGAGAGCAGUGGCAAUUUCUCUGUCAGGGAGAGGCAGCUGCUGUGCAUUGCUCGAGCCCUUCUUUGCAACUCCAAGGUCACCCUUAUUGAUGAAGCCACAGCCUCCAUUGACCUGGAGACCGAUACCUUGAUUCAUCGCACAAUCCGAGAGGCUUUCCAGGGCUGCACAGUGCUGGUCAUUGCCCACUGCAUCACCACUGUUCAAAACUGUGACCGAAUCCUGGUGAUGAGCCAUGGGAAGGUCGUGGAGUUUGACAGGCCCCAGAUCCUGCAGAAGCAGCUCGGGUCAUUGUUUGCAGCUCUGCUGGCAGCAGGCCACUCUUGGCUGAGAUCAGGAGAGGUGGCGACCAUGUGAAGACUGGUGGCCAAGCUCAAAGUAGCACCAAGGUGUACCUGCAAGGCCUGCAGCCCAUGAUGUGGCUCUUUCCCCUGGAAGCAGUGCUGAGGUGUGGUGACAGGUGCUGGGAUGGAAAAGGAGGUUAAGAGAGAAAACUCAAAACAGGCUACUUUGUGGCUCACAAACCUUAGAACCCAGUCCUGCUUGAGACCACAGGGCCACAUGAUCAUGUGCCUCUUUUUAGUUCAUAUGCUAAAAAAUUACAUAGUAAUGUAACAGCACAUUACAGUGUUCUGAUCUAUGUUAGAAAUGUUGCAAAUGAUGUAUUGAUUUGGUAGAAAAUAAAACAAAGGA